CAAGAGGGUCGGAGUACAAAGAGAACCAGAGUUUUCUUCAGUACUCAUUUUGAACCAGAUUUGUUGCUAAGGAAAUGUUGAGGUCUACUUUCCCCAACGGACAAAAUCCUAGAAUAACAUAUCCCUUGGAUGGCUUUUACGAGGGGUUUUAUCAUAUAAAUGCUAAGAAAAGAUCGCAGGGAGAGAACGAAAGAAAUGAUGAGAAAGAUGCAGGACAUCAUUGUGUAAUCGUGGAUUAUAAGGUUGAUGAACAUCCAACGAGACAGCUCAUGUUAUCCAGCCGAAUGGAAUAUGCCUUAAAAGUUCUACACAUAGAAAAAGAGGAGUCAACAGUGAAAGUGAUUUAUCCUUCCUUUGAUAAAACUAUGUCUCAAUGGCUUUCUGAUGCAUUGCCGCCUGAGGACAUGCAGUGGGGUGAAUGGAUGAAGACUGAAGUAAUGCCAAAGAUUCGGGAACUCUGGAAAUUAUUACAUGAAAUGAAGGAGAGAAAGAUACAGAUUUGUAACAAAAGUAACCAUGACCCAAACGGUACUGGAAACGAAAGGAAUCAUGAUCCAGACUCUACUGGAGAUCACAUGCCUUUAAUUAGGAAAGAGUCUAAGUUUUUAAAAUUAAGAGAUGGUGAGUUUGUUUCAUCAGAAGAAGUUAUGCUUCUGCCUAGGCUUUUAAAUUUACAAGAAGGUGACGAUCAUGAUAAGAAUUUGCAUUAUGCAUGUCAUGUCUUUAAUACAGUACUAAGUAAGGAUCAAGCCGAUGAUUUGCCCCCAAAGUUUAUAUCGGCGUUGAAUUUCUGGGAUAAUGAAAUCAGUUCCAGUUCAGAAGAAAAGGACGGAAUCACUUCAUUAAAUUAUUGGUUAUGCAGUAAACAUCCAAUUCUAUAUGAUCCUGCUGACAAAAAAAACUUUUUGUUAUUGAUCCACGAUGUCAUGUUUCGCUCUGGAUUAAAGGGUUGGCUGAAUGGACAAUUUCAUUGGAUGUGGUUCCUGGAUCAAAUUAAAAAAAUAAAAGGAAAAAACAAAAAUGCUUAUAAAGGAAUCCUUCAGUUCGGAGCUGGACAAAGUGAACAUCUUUCUUAUUCUGAAGGUUCAGAUAUUGUAAAGUUUACAAGGAAUGCCUUGAUGCAUUUUGAAGAAAAUUAUAAGAAAGGCAGCGAUGAUACCACCUGGCAUCCUCUUCUGGAUGGUGAGGUUGUGGAGAUACUAGAUGAUGAACUUGAUGUCUGCUCUAUACAUUAUGGCAUUGCAAGGACAAUUAUUGCAGAAGAUCCACCUGAGAAGUAUAUGGAAGAGGGUUGGAAGAAGUAUCAAGCAAAUGAAUGGAAAAAAUUAAAGGAGGAGGCACAGGGAGCAAAGGUAAUUAGUGAGGCUUAUCAACCAGUGCAACCAAAAGUCAUGUCAAAAGUCGGGGAUGUGUUCAGUUGGGUGGAAGUAGAAGAAAUUUAUCGAAAACGUCGAAUGCAACUUUGGGUGGAGGGGGGCACUACUCGGAUGGAGAGGGGCACUUAUUGGAUUGCGGCAGCAGAUAUUUUAAAACAAUCGAGACUUUGCACGAAAAUGAAGGAGGGUUUGAAGCCUUGUUGGAUGGAAUUAGAAGCAAUUGAAAAUAAAAAAAUGCAACCACUAGAAUUUCACAUGAAGGAGAAUUCGGUGGUGGUUUGGAAGGAAUUAGAAAAAGAUAAAAUAAAAGCCAAUGAAGAACUAAAACUUGACACGAAGUUGGGUUGGAAGCGAGUGGAAGAAAUUAUUAAAGCUGAUCAACCACCGAGUCUUAAAGUGAGGAAGGGUCAGGACAAGCCUUAUUGGAUGGAAGCAUUUGAAGCUCAUCGACCGGCGGCAGAAUUGUUAACGUAAAUGAUAGAAUAAAAUUGUGUGAAUGUUUUUAUUUUAUGAUUUUUUUACUGUUAAAUUGAGUAUGCAUUUUUUUUCUUGCAGACAGGAGAAUUGGUUAAACGCAAGAGCAGAAUUAGUAAACUUUUUCAACUCGUUAAAAUAGAAUAUGAUUGGAUUGUGUCUCACCAAAAUGGUAGCAUUCCAGUGUUCCCCUGGUGCUCUACAUGAAAUUGAUGUGUCUGAUGUUAUUAGUGUUAGUUAUUGUUAAUGAUAACAUUGAUGGAUUGUUAAUGUUAUUAUUUGCCAAUGUUGCGUGCAUUGACUUGGAAGAUGGGUAUCUGCUUAUACAUUUGUGAAAUGUUUAUGUAUGUUUGUCUUUUUGUUGUUUAUUUUUUUUAAGGUUAAUCUUGUAAUUGAACACUAUAAAUUUCUUAACCUCAC